GCAUUGCGAUGGACGAGUUCGACCGCGAGGGGCCGCUCUUUGAUGGAAAGGUGCGGGUGCUUGUGCAGCAACCCGAGCGCGACGAACGUCAUACGCUCCUUACCGUGCGCAUGCUGAACGGCCAACGGACGCUGAACAGCAACCAAAAGGAGCGCGUGCUGCGCAUCGAAGUGACAGACGACGAAGAGCUCGAGACGUUCUUCCUGUACGUGUGGAGUGUGUCGGAAGAAGAGUUCCAUGACCUCAAGCACCAGCAACGCCUCCUCGUGGACUUUCCCAAGUUUGCCGCCAACUUCAUGGACCUGUUGACUUGUUGCCUUGCGAAACCCACGCUUCUCCACGAGUCUUCGUCGUCCCAUCGUCCAGAAGGUCAGGCGCCGCUGAGCUACUUGGCCGUGCUCAACACGCACGACGUGGCCGGCCACAGCACGUUCAGUAUCGUCGAGACCAACGCGUUCAAGCGCUUGACCCAUCUAUCGCUGCAGUUUACGCCUGGCGACGACGCCGAAGUCAAGCUGUACCUGGCCGCUCGCUUACGACAGACCACGCACGAGAAACGAAGGCUUCAGGACGACUUGAUGUCAACCACCGCCGACCUCGACGCUACGAAAGCGUCCGAAGCGGCGCUGCAGACCCAAGUAGACCGUGCCAUGCAGCAGCAUGCCGAGCAAUUAGGGUCGGCCAAGAUGGCCGCGUCCGAAGCCAUGACGGCACAGAAAGAAGCCGCGCUUCAGACUCUGCACGACACGGAGCGCAUGUACACGACCAAGCUGGAAAACCUUCGGUUGUCGUCGAAAGAAGAGAUCGAACAACUGCAGCAUAAACUGGCCGAGACCGAAUCGGCGCUACAGUUGCUGCAAAAGACAAAAUACCAGCAUGAGACCAAUAUCGCCACACUUGAGAGACACGUGGCAGCCCUGGAGGACACCAAUCGCCUCAACAGUGUCGAGCUGCAAUCCCUCAAAUCUCAAAAUAAAGCACUGGACCAGGACGUGUUUACCAAGGAAAAACUGCUCACCCAGAACGACUUGCGCAUCGCUGCCCUUCAGCAACAGGUGGCCGACAAGGAAGAUGUGAUUGCAAAAUCCACCGAGUUGCUCCAAGCGUCGACAAACCACAAGCUCGAGAUUGAAGAAACGCUGAAAAUGUACAAGGCCAACAACAGCACGAUGCAGCAAAAGCUCGAGUUGAGCAUUUCCGAGAUCAACAAGAUUAUAACCAUUCUGUAG